CCAGCCAUGACUUCCAGUAAAAUCGAGAUGCCCGGGGAAGUGAAGACAGACCCAGCUGCCCUGAUGGCUUCCCUGCAGCUCUUGCCUUCUCCCAGCGCUAACCUAGAAGUCAAGCACACCAAGAUUUUUAUAAACAAUGAAUGGCAGACUUCUGAGAGUGGAAGGACUUUUCCAGUCUAUAAUCCAGCCACUGGGGAGCAGAUCUGUGAAGUUCAAGAAGCUGAAAAGGCUGAUGUAGAUAAAGCAGUGCAAGCUGCCAGACUGGCCUUUUCAUUGGGUUCUGUAUGGAGGAGAAUGGAUGCCUCUGAGAGGGGACGGCUGCUGGAUAAAUUAGCUGAUCUCGUGGAAAGGGAGAGGACUACCCUUGCAACACUUGAAUCUCUAAACAGCGGAAAACCUUUUCUCCAAUCUUACUAUGUGGAUCUCCAAGGUGCUAUCAAAACAUUCAGGUACUAUGCUGGCUGGGCUGACAAGAUUCAUGGACUGACUAUCCCAGCAGAUGGAGAUUACUUAACGUUUACAAGACAUGAACCCAUUGGCGUGUGUGGUCAGAUCAUCCCAUGGAACUUCCCCCUGCUGAUGUUUGCCUGGAAGAUUGCUCCUGCCCUGUGCUGUGGGAAUACUGUAGUAAUUAAACCCGCUGAACAGACUCCGCUCACUGCUCUCUACAUGGGAGCCCUCAUCAAAGAGGCUGGCUUUCCACCAGGAGUUGUUAACAUUUUACCAGGAUAUGGACCAUCUGCUGGCACAGCAAUAGCUUCUCACAUUGGAAUUGAUAAAGUUGCAUUCACUGGUUCUACUGAGGUUGGCAUGCUUAUUCAAGAAGCAGCUGGCAAAAGCAAUUUGAAGAGAGUGACUCUCGAACUAGGAGGAAAGAGCCCCAACAUUAUUUUUGCUGAUGCAGAUUUGGACUAUGCAGUUGAGCAAGCCCAUCAAGGUGUCUUCUUCAACCAAGGACAGUGCUGUACCGCUGGCUCACGGACAUUCGUAGAAGAUUCCAUUUAUGAGGAGUUUGUUCGGAGAAGUGUUGAACGUGCAAAGAGAAGAAUAGUUGGAAGCCCUUUUGAUCCCACUACAGAGCAAGGCCCCCAGACUGAUAAGAAGCAAUACAACAAGAUACUGGAACUUAUUCAGAGUGGAAUAGCUGAAGGAGCUAAGCUGGAAUGUGGUGGAAAAGGACUGGGCAGAAAAGGGUUUUUCAUAGAGCCAACAGUCUUCUCCAAUGUAAGAGAUGAAAUGCGGAUUGCCAGAGAAGAGAUAUUUGGGCCUGUUCAGCAAAUCUUAAGGUUUAAAACUGUUGAGGAAGUUAUUGAAAGAGCCAACAAUUCUGAUUAUGGCCUUGUAGCAGCUGUUUUUACCAAUGAUAUCAACAAAGCCCUGACUGUUUCUUCAGCAAUGCAAGCUGGAACUGUUUGGAUAAAUUGUUACAAUGCUCUGAAUGCUCAAAGCCCAUUUGGAGGCUACAAAAUGUCUGGCAAUGGAAGAGAAAUGGGAGAGUAUGGACUGAGGGAAUACACAGAAGCAAAAACGGUGACUAUAAAGAUCCCUCAGAAGAAUUCCUAAAAAAAGACAAUUGCAAGAAAGUCAACAUGCAAAUAAACAGAGUCCUGAGCCUAAGCAUGCAUUAACUCUGUUCUCUUGAAUGGGCAUUGAGACAUGCAUGGGUUUAACUCCAUUGUAAUUAGUCUGGACUGUCUCCUACAUUGUUAAUUUCCUAUCGGCAAGCACCUAGAAAAAAAAUACUGCAUAUGAUUAUACAUUUGAAAUGUUUCUGUAGUUGAAAGCUGAAAUAUGGGAAGAUCCAAAGGGCAAUUGUAGGCGUCCCAUAUACUUUUUUCAAAACAGUAAGGUAGGAAAUAUAUUGUAUUUAAAGUAGGUAUUUCGUUGUAUUAAUGUAGUUAUGUAUAGUCUGGAAUGUGUAGGUUGUGCUUGUAUUACGUCCAGCUACACACAAGUCUCCACUUCUAGUUCUGCAUGAGUUCUACAUGGUACCGCUCAUGAAUUCUUCUGCAAGUCUUUUAAUCUUUGCUGCUUCUGUUAUUUAAGUUAAAUACGUUAAGGCCAGAAAGCAAGAUCUUUUAAAGCAUAUAUUUUUAAGUGUAAUACAGAUGGAGUUUUUAAAUUGGUUUUUAAUUGCAAGCAUUUAGUAGAAAAAGCAGAUGUUCUAAAAGCCUGUUUUUGAUUAAUUCAUAUGCUGUAAAUUCCGCCCUGGCCUUCUUAGUAUCAUCUUUAAAACCCCUGGAACUUUAUUUAUUGCUUAAUAAAACAGACUAGAUAACUGAAGCAGACUUUGGGGUUUUUUUUUUUUCAAAUGUUUACUUGUAAUGGCUCAUAAAAUUGAGAAGAGUCCUGCUUUAAAAGGGUCUCAUAUUUUAGGGAAUUUUAUUAGUUUAUAAGAAAAGUCAUUACAGUUUUAAGGCACUACUACAUUUUAAUAUGUUGAACUCCAAAUGGAAACUUGUGCAGGGCUGGAUGUUUACCUUAUGCAUGUUUACUCUUGCUUGUAGUGUAUAGGGAUUCUUAUUGUAGGCAUAAUUUGAGUCUCCUUGUAUUGCGCUUCCCAUUUUAACACUAUAUAUGUAUAUAUGAAAUUACUCUUUUUCUUGUUCUUUAUAAAUAUUAUUCAUGAAAAUGUUUGAACUAGUUGUGAAGUGGUUCUUUCUAAAGUUUCUGUUGGGGGGGAAGGCUGUAUCAUUCAAUUCUGAAUAGCCUUAAAGGCUUACCUUAACAUUGGGCCACAUUGGUGGCAUCACCAGGAAGGAACAUUGCAAGCUUGAGAUCCCUCAAACCAUUAUUUGGACACGACUGGACAAAAUACAGUUACAUUCUGCAAUACAACAUAAAAAACCUAUAGCAAUGGAUUAUGAUAAAUAUUUAUCAUGGACAAGCCACUUCAUGCAGACAUAUGUAUUUUACAGUACUGCACUAAUAUUCUUUAUAAAUCAUCCCAGUUAAAAGGAAUAACUAUCAAAAGUUAGAUUCAAUUAGCUUACCUGAUAUAAUUCCUUCUGAUAUGGCGUUACACCCAUGUUUGCUAGGAACACUGCAUUCAUCUUCACAGAUCAUUUGUUAUUUCCAAUUGGUGCCUUUUGUUAGCACACACAAGCUGAAUUCCUACAGGAGCUGAUUAGAUUUCUGCUGAAACUUGGUCUCUGUUUACCUGAAUUCUAUUAAAAUAAAAAAAAAGGACCAUAUGAUUGGCUAACUGACAUAGUUGCUUCCUAAGGGCCUAGUCAUAUUAAAGGCAAUAUAUAUGGAACAGCAGUUUUGUGGCUUCCUAUUAAGGACAAGUUAAGAUUUUGUGGGAUAUAAUGAAACUCUGUCUCAAUAUAAUGGCUCUGCUGUAGGGAAAAAAAUAUAUAGGCGUUUCUCAUCCCCUGUGCUAUGAAAUUGGGUUGUUUUUGCAUACACAUAGUGGUAUUAUAGGUGUGUUUUUGUCAUUCAUGUGAUGUUUAAUGUAAUGAGAAAAAAAACCUCUAAAUUUAAAAAACUAUGAAAGCCGUGACUUGGCUUGUUUGCUGUAAAUGUUGUGGUACCAGAAUGUGACAAGCAUUUACAUACAUGUGCAUGAUUCCACGCAGUUCUAACAAUUCAUCAUGUAUAUACAUUUGUGUUUUAAAUGUCAAAGGAUAUGAAAUAUUUUCUAUGAAGUUUUUCCAUUAAAAUUUCAUAUAAACAAA